AUGGUGGCCCUCAGGACCGUCGUACUUCUGGUCUCGGCCGUCUCGGUCGUCUCGGCGCAGCAAGUGUACAAGCCCGUGGACGGACCGGACAACAGGUCGCAAUGCGCCGAUACGCAGACGGCCAAGGAGCCGACCUAUUCCUUCUCGCAGUUUUCCUACACCAUGACGACGACGGUGAGGUACGCGACGUCCCGGCCCUCGCCCACGGCGACGUCGACGUACGCCGCCCCGCCAGAGUCCCUCACACUCCUGAUCCCCGAGCAGUCGUACACGACAUGGGGCAGGUGGGAGCCCGGAUCCGACGCCACGGCAACGGACACGGACGACCCAUACGGGCAGGCCGCGUGGACGUCCCUGUGGGAGUCUGCCGACCCCCCCGGCUUCACCGACUCGGCCAGCAGCCUGUACUCGACGACGGUGGAGCCGACGGCCGUGCCCAGCAGCGAGCUCGUCCUGCCGCCCGGUGGCUACUUCGGCCCCACGGACUGCUACACCUUCCCGGCCGGCUUCGAGGUCGGCGUCUCCAGCUCGGCGGCGCAGAUCGAGGGCGCCACCGCUCAGGAGGGCAAGGGCCCAUCCCUCCUGGACCUGAACGUCCGCGACGGCCGGCCCAAGGACUACGUCACCAACGAGCACUACUACUACUACAAGCAGGACAUCGAGCGCGUGGCGGCCAUGGGGGUCAAGCACUUCUCCUUCAGCAUAUCGUGGGCGCGCAUCCUCCCGUUUGCCCUGCCGGGCACACCCGUCAACCAGGAGGGCAUCGACCACUACAACGACGUCAUCGACUACGUUCUGGGCAAAGGCAUGGUCCCCGUCGUCACGCUGCUGCACUUCGACACGCCGGUCCAGUUCUUCGCCGGGAACCUGACGGCCGUCGGCGACACGCCCGUCAUCGGCUUCACCAACGGCGGGUACCAGAACGAGACCUUCCCGGACGCCUUCGUCAACUACGCAAAGAUCGUCAUGGCCCACUACGCCGACCGCGUUCCCACCUGGUUCACCUUCAACGAGCCCCUGCUUCACUCGUUCAACGGAGUGUCCGUCGACCACGUGCUGCGCUCGCACGCGCGCGUCUCGCACUUUUACAGGCACGAGCUCGGGGCCAGCGGCAAGGUCUCCUUCAAGCUGAGCAACAGCUUCGGCGUCCCGCGCGACCCGCGGAGCGACGCCGACGUCUACGCCGCCAACCACUUCAACUCCUUCUACCUCGAGACCUUUGGAAACCCCGUCUUUCGAGGUGAAGACUACCCGGAGUCGUACAAGUCCACGGUCCACGACUACGUCCCGCUGUCCGAUGAGGACCUCGAGUACAUGAACGGCACCGCCGACUUCCUUGCCAUAGACCCUUACACCGCCACCGUCGUCGCGCCCCCCACCCCCGGACACGUGAGCAGCAUCAGAGAGUGCGCCGCGGACUACGGCUCCGCCUACCGCCCUACCUGCGUCAGCCAGACCACCGUCGACGUCUACGGCUGGGACAUAGGCUACCGCUCCCAGUCCUACGUCUACGUCACCCCAACGUACCUCCGUGCCCACCUCGGCUACCUCUGGAACACGUUCCGUGCCCCCGUCAUGAUCACCGAGUUCGGCUACCCCGUCUACGCCGAGGCUGACAAGGAGCUGUCCGACCAGCUCUACGACCUGCCUCGCAGCUACUACUACCUCAGCUUCAUGUCCGAGGUCCUCAAGGCCAUCUGGGAGGAUGGUGUCAAUGUCAUCGGUGCAUAUGCCUGGAGCUUUGCUGAUAACUGGGAAUUUGGCGAUUACGACCAGCACUUCGGCAUCCAGACCGUCAACAGGACCACCCAGGAGAGGCACUACAAGAAGAGUUUCUUCGACUUUGUUGAUUUCGCCAAGACGCGUGGAGCGGAGUAG